UUUAAAGCGUUGUUUCUUUGUUCGCUGGUUGGUCGAAGUUUGCGCAGUAAUUUAUGCAUAUUACAAAAAGCAAUGGCCGUACGACUCUCGGACAUCGAGCCAAUUCACAAAGCACCUCCCUGCUUUUUCAAGGCAUUCUGAUUGUUAUAGGCAACCACUUCCGUGUUUUGAUGGCCAUUUCCUAAUGUUACCUUCAUGGAUUUGCAAACAUCAGUUAUGAAUUUUGAUCCUACAAGCCAGGGUGUUGGUCAAUAUGUCCAGUCUCAGAAUGCACUUCAGAACUUUCAGCUUCCUAUCCAGCAGCUCCAAAGUCAAGGGCAGCUCCAAAUACAAGGACAGCAGCUCCCACUCUUGCAAUUAAACCAAGGCGGUCAGUUUCUGAUCAAUCAGCAGCAGCUGUUACAGCAACUCAGCCAGGCACAGGGAAUACAUUUGCCCACUCAGGGGCAAGCGAUUCAAAUGGCUGGCCAGGCACAGUCUAUCCAGCUGCCCCAGCAUCUUCAACAUUUGCAAUUGCAUAAUCAGCAGGGUCAGCCUAUUCAAAUUCAAGGUCAGAAUGGGCAAGCAUUGCAGUUGCAAGGCCAGAAUGGUCAAGCUUUGCAGUUGCAAGGCCAGAAUGGUCAAGCUUUGCAGUUGCAAGGUCAGAAUGGGCAAGCUUUGCAGUUGCAAGGUCAGAAUGGGCAAACCAUUCAAUUGCACGGUCAAAAUGGCCAACAUAUUCAGAUUCAGACUGCUAAUGGUCAACCUAUUCAACUUCAGAAUCAAAAUAAUCAGACAAUUCAUUUACAGGGGCAGCAUGGGCAACAUAUUCAACUUCAAAAUGGACAACCUAUACAACUUCAGAAUCAAAAUGGACAGCCCAUACAACUUCAGAAUCAAAAUGGGCAAUCCAUACAAAUUCAGAAUCAGAAUGGGCAGUCUAUACAACUUCAGAAUCAGAAUGGACAAUCUAUACAACUUCAGAAUCAGAAUGGACAGUCUAUACAAAUUCAGGGUCAGAAUGGACAGUCAUUACAAUUUCAGACUCCUAAUGGGCAAACUAUUCAAAUCCAAGCACCUAGUGGUCAAAUUAUGCAGCUACCGAAUGGACAACAAAUACAAUUACAAAAUCACCAGUCUAUUCAGUUGCAAGCUCAACAGUUGCAAAAUCAACAAAACCAACAAUUUCAACUUCAGAAUCAAUUAGGUCAAGUUUUACAAUUACAAGGUCAACAAAUACAAACUUUUCAACUUCCAGGACAGCAGUUGCAAAUGAUGUCAUUACAAGGUCAGCCGUGUCAAGUUGUUCAUGUCCAAGGUCCUAAUGGACAAAUAAUACAACAAGUUGUUCCACUAAUGUUAGGAACAGAACAUAUGGGAGGACUAAUGAAUCCAUUACAUCAGCAGAUGUUUCUACAAAGUCAGACUCAGAGUCCAUUGGUUGGUCAAUUUGUUCAGACAGAAAGUGGAUUAGUCUGGCAACCUACUAGUAUGUAUGGUUCACUAGAGGCCACUACAGCUACUGCUCUUCCCUUUCCUCAGGCUACAGUACUGACCCAAAGUCCAGUUGUAGAACAAGUUCAUCAAGAAAUCAGUGCCACCAAUCCAGUGGUAGAGACCCAUGUUGAACAGGAGACAAGUGAAGCUCAACAUACAACUUUGGUUAAUGGAGACUCGACGUCCACACUAACUGGAUCUAUGAAUACAACAACCACUCCCCAAGCCACUGGAAGAAUUCAAAUAGCAGCUGAAGACCCAGAGGAUGAAUCCACACAACCUCUCUAUGUGAACGCCAAACAGUAUCACCGUAUUUUGAAAAGAAGAGAGGCCAGAGCCAAACUAGAAAGUUCUGGAAAAGUUGUUCGGAAACGUAAGAAAUAUCUUCACGAGUCACGUCACAAGCAUGCUUGUCAACGAACACGAGGAACCGGCGGUAGAUUUUUCUCAAUCAAAGUGGAAAAUGAGGCAGAAUUUGGACUGAAAGAUGAAACAGAUAGGCACUGUGAACAUUCUCCAAGCAGUAUAGAUAAUCAAAGUCCUUCACCUUGACAUACAUUAUAUUGAUUCACUAAAGAGACUUUAUCAUUGGGAGAUUACUAGACAGGAUGAUUGAGAUAUCAAGAUCUACUAUCGACACAAUAUGGCUUGAAGAGUCUUCAUCUGAUCUUACGUCUUCUUCCACUGUUCAAUUAAUUAAGAAUGAGUUCCCUUGAUAAAUGGUGACAAUUGUUUGACUGUGAUUUGCUAGACAUGUAUAAUAUAUUAAUUUUCAUUGUUGUUAUAUUCUUAGUACAUUUGUUACAAUUUGUGUUUGUACAUUGGGUUGUUUUACUUUUGUGUUAAGAAUAUCUCUUAUAAGAUCUUAACUCCCUAAUUUCACUCCGUCUGCAUUUAUGCAUCAUCUAUUGUUUUGUUUUCCUUAGUAUUGUAUUGUAUAGUAUAAUUUGAUUGCAAUGGAGAAACUCCCAUAACUUUAAAGUAAGCGAAGUGGGAAAAAGACAACUCUUAUUUAACAUCAGGGUAACAUUUUGGAUGUCCACAUUUAUGUAAAAUGUGUCUAGCAGUUUUAUGUUACACUUUCUUAGACCCACAAUUUUAGUAUUACCUGAAGUAUUAAAUGAUCUGCUAAGCUUUUUGAAAAGAGUUUACUGCCUCUCUUUUAGUUAGGAAGAAAAUGAAAGAAAAGCAAAAAGUAGAAAUUCCAUAAUAAAAAGGUGUGUUUUGGAACUUUUUUUUUUAGGUCUAUUUUUGUUGAGAUGAAACUUUCUGUCUCAACUUGAUGUAUCACUAUUUAACCGUUUUUUUUUUUUAAUUUGUUUAUUAAAACAUAAAUAUUCAUAGAAUCUUUUAUUUGAAAUGGUAUUCCCAUGAGGAGUUAAAAAGUUUGAAAUGAAGCUUCUGCUUGGUUAUAACUCCACCAAUGAUUAUUAUGUCCAAAUUAUUCCGAAGUUUAAAGACUCAUAUAUUUACUCAAAUAUCUGGUUGAUACUGACAUGCUCUAAGAAUGGAUAUAUUUAUAUAUGUUCUAUGUUAGUUUUGUUUAAUUGACUUUUUAAAACUUAAACUUGAUUUCAAUUGGGUACAUUUUGUUUUGAAUUUAUGCUGAGAGUAUUGAAUUCUUUUUGUCUGGGUGUAGGGACAACCAGGUUGUAGGUACAUGUCGAGAUUAAAGACAUUUUUUUUUUUGAGUUGCCUUCUAUGAAGGACUAUAAAUUUACGAUCUUGAACUGACUGAAGUGAAGAUGAAAUUCUUUGUUAAUGUUUUAGUGAAAUAAUUUGUGUGUAGUGCUAUCACCUUUUUUUGCUCUCACUGCCAUGUAUCAUAUAAUAUACAAGUCAUUCAGGUGGUACAUGUGAAGAUUAUGAUCAAACUACUCAAUAGAACAGCAAUCAAAUGUCAUCUCUUUGGUUCAAAUUGCUGUUGUUAGUAAGAAUGUCUGCAAGGAAUCAGUUCGAUUAGCACAUCAGAAAAUCGAAUUAUAGUUGUCUAAUGAUGAAUAAAACCGGAUCUAGGCAGAUCAUUGAAAUCAAUGUUAAUAUAAAUAUAUUGUACAGAUUCUAUUUACGUUUUGGUGAUAGCCAACUUUUUUACACCACUUAGCAGACUUUCUUAAAUUUCAUUGAAAUAGGGUGAGGUUGAUUUCUGUUCAAAUGUAUGUAUGCUUUGAUUUUUUUUGUAAACAUUUUUCUUGUUCAACUUAAGAAAAUGAAUAAUGGUGUGUAGAAGUAUUUAGAUCUUGUACAAUUCUCUCACAUCGCAAGCGCCAUGCCUGUCAAUCACACAGUAUUAAGAACUGGGCAGCUGAUUAAAGUAAGAAGAUUUCAAGAGUUGACAAGUCGAUGGCUCUGUUAAUAUAAUGUGACAAUACUGAAGCAUGGCUUGUGUUGUCUCCCUUGUUCAUCAAUGUGCAAUAUUUCUUUAAAACUAAUCUCAAUACAUACAAACAUAUCUAUAUUAUGAUGAAAUUAAACAUUUUAUUUACCUUUAAACAAA